AUGUCUGAAAAUACCCAAAAUACCGAAAAACUUUUGGCAGAAAUUUCUCGUCUUGAUUUCACAGAAGAAGAGAAAGCUUCCAUAUUCUCAUACUUCAUUGAUCAGCCUGCUAAGAUAUCCAUUACUUUGACAGGAUUAUCUCACUUCAAGGACGAAGGGAAAGUUUUCUUAUUCAGAAAGUGUCUGACGUCUGAGUUGGCACCGUCUCUGAAGAGACAUCUCGAUGAAAUCAAAACCCAAAUAAAAGACCAAUCAGUACAAAUAAAAGACCAAUCAAUGCAAAUAAAAGACCAAAUAAAAACCCAAUCAGUGCAACUAGAUUCAAUACGCUAUGAAGUAAAGUCAAUACUGAGAUCUGGCUUAGUGCUCCAGGACUCGCAUUCUAUUCCGUUGCUGGCUACUCGAAAACCAGACUUUGUAUUCGUCCCAAGAGGGUGUCCUCUAAAUGCAUUAAAUAUCGUAGCUGUUGGUGAGAUCAGAAAACGCUCCGGCAAUGACUUCACAAAUGCAGAUGUAGGACACGCGGUGUCAUUUGGUCAAAAGGUACUUCAACUACAGCCUCGGAGAGCUUACGUAUACGUGGCGUUGACAGAUUGCAGGGUUAUUUCUAUCUUUAAGCAAGGAUUCCCGCCAUCUGGGUGGCGAUACCUCGUAACGAUUAUGGAAUGUUCUCCGGAUACGCUUGGAUGGAUUGAACCAUCGUUAAAUUUCGGUUUAGAUGCUGUCACAUUAGUUCGACCCAUCAAUACAGGAAGGACUAGCGUUGUAUAUGAAGGAAAGCUUAAUGAUAAGAUGUCUGUGGUGACCCUCCUCCUGGACGGUGAGGGCAUCCUUGUUACAACUCCUCUUUGUACGAAAGUAAAUAAUCUUCGAAAAGAGGAUAUCGGAAACAUUAUCAAAACCCUCAAGGUUAUCCAUUCAAAAUUCAAGCUUGUACACAUGGAUCUUCGGAAAUAUAAUUUGUUCCGUAAUGACAAAGGUGACAUCUUGAUUAUCGAUUGGGGAUAUAGCGCAUUAAUAGGCGAAACUGGGACUUUUGCGGGCGCACUUGAAUGCAUGCCCGACGAUAUCCUGGCAUCAUUGGUCAACGGGGGACGAACAACUUAUUCAGCGGAAAUUGACUUGAUAUGUUUGGCAAGGGCGUUCUACUUGUUGCUUCAUAAACCGCCAAACGCGGGGAGAAUUUCCUUUGGAGGAAAUCCUGACCUCAGCUCACGGGCGCAAAAUAUAUUGGCCUUUUGGGGUCUAAUGCCAAAUCAGAAUUGUGGGAUAGAAUUUUUCAAGACGCAGGGGGCGGGGCUUGAAGUACGAAUGCGUAAUUGA